AUGUAAUAACCAUCUUAACUAUAAUAAUCCUCAUGGUCAAAUAAUGACGAAAAUGACUUAGAACAAAAUGCAGAUGGCAGCUAAAGCAAACAUUAAGAAGGAUCAAGAAAAAAGAAGAAGCAUGAUGAGCAUAAGCAAUUUGAAGAAAGAUUGAAAAAUAUUCCUGUUGGGUAAAAGCCUGAUCCAAAAGCAUAUCCAGAAGAAUGGAUUAACAAGUGGAGAUAACUGCUGCUAAAAUAACAAAAUAAGAAAUGA